GGAGCAAUCGCUCCUGUGCCAAGGCGUAACUAUAGAGCAUUCAUUAAGCUGCAGUCAGCCGCUGGCCUAGCCCGCUGCCCCAGAGGCUCCGGAAAAAAACACCCCCCUGGCCCAUUGCUCACCCUGGUGCCGGGGAUGGGCGAUCGGUUCCAUUGACCUUGAGUGCGGGAAGGACUCCGAGGAUUCCACAAGUGACAUCACAAUCACUUCUAAGAUGGGGCGCGAACCUGGGAGACAUUUCCCAGAAGACUCAAUGCCCCUUGCACCCUUCUCUUACUUUGUUUCCUCGUUUCUUCUCUCUUCACACUGUCUCCUUUUGGCUGCUCUGUGCCCAUCCUCUGGGCCUCAAAGGAGGGGAGGGGCUGCGCAGGACAAGGAGGAUCCUCUACAAAUGAGCAUCACCAAUAUAGGUAGGUUGCCCAGCUGGAGGAAAGGACAUCUGGCUAGUGUGGAGUCCAGCAGUGAUGUGUCUUCCCUCUCCUCUGAAGGUGGACGCCAGGAGACUGACAGGUGUUGCUGGAAACACCAGCAGUGUGCUGGACACAUCAUCCACCCCUUCUUGGACUGUGGCUACCACAACCGGCACAUGCACGCUGUCAGCCACUGCGACUGUGAAUCUAGGCUGAAGGACUGCUCAGGGAAGACAAAUAGUAGCAGAUCCCGAGAUGUAGGCCCGACCUGCUCCAGAGAUCGGGGCUCAACCUGCUUCAACAUCAUCCAUACCCCUUGCUUUGAAUUCAUCCCAGAGGAAGAGUGUGUGGAGCAGAUCUGGCACAGCUGGUGCAAAGGCCACAGGCCUCUCUCUGUGGCAGUAAUCCACCAUCCCAUCCAUCAUGUGUGUAGGACAGAUAACCUACACGAGAAGGAGGAUGAAGAGGAAGAGGAGGAGGAAGAGACCCCACCUUCCAUCCCAACUCAGUUGUGCCCCACUGCUGUACCGACUGACCCAGACAUCGGGGCGGUCACCAGGACUCCCGACUCAGCAGCGCCCAUCACCAUCUGGCGUUCCGAGAGCCCCACAGGAAAGAGUCAGGAGGGCAAGGCCACCAAGAAGAUAAAGAAGAAAAAGGAGAAGGAGAAAGACAACGAGGAUGAGAUGGUGGAUGAAAAGGCAAAGUUGAAGAAAAAAGUCAAGGGCAAGAUAAUUAAGAAGAAAAGCCUGGCAAAAUCAGAGUCUUCCCCUCCAGACUUGAGCCGAUCACUGAGCCCAAGAGAACUAGUCAGGACAUCAGAGUCCAGCCCAGAGAGUCGGGAAGAGCUGGAGAGUGAGGACAGUUAUGAACGGGGUAAAAAGGAGCCCUCCAGCGAAGAUAUUGUGGAGUCAUCACCCAAGAAGAGAGAAAAGAGCACCUCCCAGGCCAAAAAGAAUGGGACAAAGACCUUACAAACCAGGAAAACGAGCAAGAGAAAAUCUCCCCCAGUGUCCAACCCCAAUCUCAGCUGAGGCCAGGGCAACCAGAGUAAAUAAAUCAAGCCUGUAACUGACCCCUACUGCUAUUCUCUCUCCCUCCAACAGGGCCUCUUCUUGUGGGAGGUGGCUGGCUCUGGGCCUACUAUAGCCAAGGGGCCAGGGGUCAGGGGAUACUCAAGGGGCAAUCCUGCUUUCAAGGAGGAAGUCUAUGUCUAUGGGAAGUUAGGUAGGAGGGAGAGAGAACCCUCUAGGACCAGGUGGCAGACUCCAUCUGGAGAGGGACUGGGCUGUGGGAGACCAGUGUUGUUUGUGAAAACUCAUUCUGUAGUGGGCAGCACUAUGCAGCACCACCUUCAAUAAACUGAACCUGCCACUCA